AUGGUCAACGUGCACAAAGGAGUCCUCGUUGAAUGUGAUCCUGCCAUGAAGCAGUUCCUUCUUUAUUUGGAUGAAACGAUGGCCCUCGGAAAGAAGUUCAUACUCAAAGACUUGGAUGACACACAUGUCUUCAUCCUCGCUGAAGUGGUGCAGACGCUCCAGGACAGAGUGGGACAAUUAAUGGAUCAAAACUCUUUUCCGAUCACACAGAAAUAA